AUGGGUGGGCGUUGGUGGCGAGCGGUGGUGGGACGCCUGAGCCUCAUGCAGCGAGGCAAGGCGCCCCUGCGGUUCAGCAGGGAUCCCUGGCUGGGUGGGCGGGCUGGGGGCGCGCCGCAGGGAGUUGGGGGGGCGGAGGGGUUUGGUGGGGCGGGGCACAUGGGCACGCCAGGGGGUGUGCGGGUGGGGGGAGUUGCGCCAGACAGGGGAGGGGGCUGGGGGUCGCUUCUGGUUGCCUGUGCUGCAGGGGCGGCUGGGUGUGCGGUGGUGGAGUUGGGGGUGGAAAAAGGAAAAGAAGCUGCUGGCGUGAUGGCAGAUGCAUGGAGGCAGGUGCAGGGGGAUUGGCUGCUGCUAUGGGUGGAGUGUGCUGACGUGGCUGGUCUUAGUGCUAGUAUCAAAUCUGAUGAUAGCGGAUCGUCAUUAAAAAACCGUGAAUCUGGUGGCGCUGGUGGCGCUGGUGGGGCAGGCGGGACAGGUGGGGCAGGUGGUGGGAAUGAGAGCAACGGGAGCAACAGCAGCGUUGUUUCACACACCAGCAGUGAUAUCGCUGGUGGCAAGUCCAGUGAUGGCGCUGUGGGCAGGAAGCGAGUAGUGGUGCUGGGGUCGGGGUGGGGUGCGGUGAGCUUCCUUAAAGCCAUAGACGCGCAUGGGUACGACGUCACACUCAUCUCGCCCCGCAACUUCUUCCUCUUCACACCGCUGCUGCCAAGUGUCACCACGGGAGUGGUCGAGGGCAGGAGCAUCGCCGAGCCAAUCAGGCGCAUCCUGCUGAGGCAUGGCAGCUCGGCUUUUUUCCUCGAAGCUGAGUGCACGGCCAUCGACCCCGCCUCCAGGACCCUCUCCUGCCGCGCCCCUGCCGCCCUGCCCCCUCCGCUGCCCAUGCCGACUGUUGCAAAGGUUGGGGGCCAGGAGGAGGGUGACAGGGAGACGACACGAGAAGGAGCCAAAAGAAAAGGUGGUGGCGCUUCUGGUGGCAAUAGUGGUGGUGGUGCUGCUGCUGCUCCGAGUUGUGGUGAUGCUGUUGAUGGAAACGUAGCUGCUGCUGGGGGUAACACGAGAGGAGGUGAGAGUGGCGGCGCCAGGGAGGUGCAUGGCGGCGCCAGGGAGGUGCAUGGCGGUGCAAGGGAGGUUCACUUCACAGUGCCGUACGACAUGCUGGUGGUGGCCGUGGGGGCCGUGCCCAACACGUUCAAUGUUCCUGGCGUGCAACAGCACUGCCACUUCCUCAAAUCGCUGGACGAUGCGGAGGCCAUCAGAAACACGCUCAUUGACCGCUUCGAGGUGGCAUGCCUGCCGGGAAUAGAUGCAGACGAGCAACAGAGGCUGCUGCACGUGGUGGUGGUGGGGGGCGGUCCCACAGGAGUGGAGGUGGCAGCAGCAGUGCAUGACAUGAUAGAGGGGGACCUCUACCGUCUGUACCCUGCCCUCAGGGGCAAGGCGUCCGUCUCUCUCCUGCAGUCAGGCGAUCACAUUCUCAACAUGUUUGACUUGCGCAUAUCUGAGUUCGCCGUCCGCAAGUUCCAGCGGGAUGGCAUCACGGUGCACACGCACGCGCGCGUCACGGCUGUCACGCCGCGCGCUCUCCAUGUGCGGGAGACGAGCAGCAGCAGGGAGAGCAGUGGCAGCAGCGAUGGCAGCAGGAGUGGAUUGCACUCUAGUAGCAGCAGUGCGAAGAGCAGCAGUGGGAACAGCAGUGGCAGUACGCAGGGCAGCAGGGAAAGGGAGGUGCCGUAUGGAGUGGUGGUGUGGGCGACAGGCAUCACGGCCCAUCCCCUGGUUGUGAAGUUAAGGGAGCAACUGGGACAGCACCACAAGCGAGCAUUGGAGGUGGACGAGUGGAUGGCAGUGAGAGGCGCAGAGGCGGGCAGCAUGUGGGCGCUUGGUGACUGUGCUGCCAUCGAGCACCGCCCCUUCACUGACGAGGCAGUGCGCAUAUUCCGAGCCUUUGACACCAACGGGGACGGCUGCCUCUCGCCCUCCGAGACUAAGGCGGCCCUGCGAGCCCUUCAGCAGCGCUACCCGCAUGCUGCUGCUCUGCUCAGGUCACGGGACCGCAUGGCACAGCUCAUUCAGGAUGCAUUGCAUGCGGACAGCAAGGCAGGAGCACCAGCAGCAGCACCAGCAGCAGCACCGACAGAUACUCCCGCAGGAACAGGGGCGCCGGGAAAUGUGGGGAACGAGCAAGCGUGUGAGGGCAGGGGGCUAUCACUGGAGCAGUUUGAGCUGUUACUGCGGCGAGUGGAGGGGCAGAUGAAGACCCUGCCCGCCACGGCACAGGUGGCGGCGCAGCAGGGGCAGUACGUGGCUCGCUGCUUCAACCGCCUGCUGGACCCGGCUUUAAUGCCGGAGGGGCCGCCCAAGCUGCGAGGCGAGGGCCGGCACCUGCUGCAGCCGUUUCGCUACGUGCAUUUGGGGCAGUUCGCCCCGCUGGGGUCAGAGACCACAGCAGCAGAGCUGCCGGGCGACUGGGUCAGCAUUGGCAGGUCCACGCAGUGGCUCUGGUACUCCGUGUACGCCAGUAAGCAAGUCAGUGCGAGGACAAGAGCCCUGGUGGUGUUUGAUUGGAUCAAAUCGACCCUGUUUGGCCGUGAUUCAAGUCGCAUGUGA